AUCAGCAGGAGCUUACGUUCCACGAUUGAGAAAUUAGAAAGAGACAGCAUGUCUCAUCUCCUAUAUAUCACUUUGCUACUUGGCGCAGUGAUCACCAUUGACGCGUCCCAAUGUUCUUGCCCCGAAAGACAUCCUCAAGAGGCUUUUUGUGGUGCACAGUUUGUAAUCCGAGCAAAGGUGCUUUCUCAAGAGGAAUACCAAGAAAAUUUUACUCAUAUCUUCGACCUCCGCAUCCUGAAGACAUACAAAGGAGGAUACCGACUCCACGAGGUGGAAAGCGUCAAUGUUUACGGCUCCAGACAGCGAAGCCUGUUUGCCAAAGCGUACACCUUUACUCUUGAUAGCCUGUGCGGGGUUAAACUGAACAACAACAAAGUGUAUCUCAUCUCGGGCCAAAUAAAGAAAGGAAAGUUGGAGCUUAAUCAGUGCCACUGGAAUCAGGAAUGGUCCCAAAUCACUGUGCGACAGCGUCUUGGGGUGAUGCGGUUUUACCGUGAAAACUGCGCGUGUCAAAUCUCGCCCUGCUACACCGUGUUUUGUAACAAGAAGCCGAAGUUGAGGGGAUGUGGUAAGCCUUCUGGAAUCGAUCACGACAGCUGCGAAUGGGGUCAUUCCUACUGCCUUCAAAAUGCUGAAAAAACCGCAUGCUCUUGGCGUAAAACUACUGACUACAAGAGCUGCAUCACCAAAGCGAAACCAUAGAAGUUGAACUGUGAACAUGCUUUAUGCAAAAAACGACGACGAAAGCGAGGAAGAGAGAGACAAGGGUAAAAACACUUCAAUAGUGGCCAAUUCACUACGUUAGUUUUAGAUUUUAAGAGAAAAAUAAUGACAAAAAAAUGCUGAUAGAUUCUUUCAUUAGCCUAUCAUGACAUUUUUCUCUAACUCAGUGCCAAGUUUAAACCACACAUUUUAAAAGGAAGUAUUAAAAAAGUCCUCAUGGGAAAAUUCCCAAAGCGAAAACCACAAUCAAGUGAGGAACUGACACUCGUUUCCUGUUGUCCCUUCCUCUGUUCCGUUAGUCCAAGCUCUUUUCAUAACUUAUCGUGUUCCUUUAUUCGUCUCUUCGUCUACCCCUCUGUUUCCAUGUUCCUCUGUUUCCAUGUUCCUCUGUUUCCAUGUUCCUCUGUUUCCAUGUUCCUCUGUUUCCAUGUUCCUCUGUUUCCAGUGGUCCUCUGUUUCACUGUUCCACUGUUCUACUAUUCUCACUGAAAUGUAAUACUUUUACUCCGCGUAUUCCUCCGAUCUAAAACGCAAUGUUCCUCUUUCCUUUCAAUUCUGUGUAACUCUGUUCCAACUGUUCCUCUUUCUCACACGACUUCUUAUUAUUCUUUAUUUCUUUUCCAAAUAUUCUUCUGUAGCUCUGAUUCAACCAACCCUGUAUGCUCACUGCCCCUCUAUAACCAAAUUUCCCCAUCAUUGCCUUUGGUGUAUUCCGCUUUCCUCCUGACCCUUAGUGUGUUCCUUUGCUAUGUUAGGGGAAAAUUUAGUGAUUUUACCCUGUGGAUGUUUAAGCAUAUUUAUUCGUUGUUUUCAGAAUUUUAGCGUUCUCAAUUCUUGCGAGUUUCUUUCAUUGCGAUGUUUUAAAGUGAUAAAAAAAAGCUACAAGUAAAAUUUGGGAAUAAAAUAAGGGAAUAUAUAUAUAUAUAAAAUUUGAAUAGCCCAGUUGAGUUGUACAGCUACAUCUCGGUACUUUUGUUCUUCAAUUCUAGUGAAAAUUUAGGUAAAUGUAAGUGUUAAUGGUCUUUCUGGAAAAAAAAUUGGUUCUCAUGGUAGUUGGCAGCUGAGUUAAACUCGUAAUUUUAAUUUCCUUUCAUACGAUAGUUUCCACACCAACCUUGCAUAGAUGAGCAAAAACUUUUGAUUACUUUUCCACUCUCAUUUCUUAAGCGGCGCUAUCGCAAUUAAGAUAGGUAUUCUCUUUCUAUACCAGAGCUGUGAAUUCUCACCUAAGUUCCUACUUUUAAUGACCUUGCGUUGAUUGCAUCCGUCCUUUUAAUUUGAAAUUCUUUUCGUCGUAGAAAGAUGGGAAUAUUUAAGUAGUUUUCGUUUAACUUCAAAGAGCGCCUCUUUUGUUUUGAUGUUUAAAUAUGGCUGAUUUGGAUAACAAUAGCUCUUCACACCAGUUAGCUUCUAAGCAGCUACCUGGUACAGUUUUGUUGAUUACAUCCUUGAUUACAAGCUUGUGUAGGCUAGAGGUCAUGUCACUUGUUGGCCUGACUUAGAAUAAAGUUCACUGGGGAACCAAAUACUAUCUCAUCCUUGAUGUCCGUACAAGCUCGCUCGAAGUAGAUCUCCGUGUGCCAGGAAAUCGUGACGAGUUUCCGUUCUCGCUGCCAAGUGGUCUCUACCGAGUUAUUUUCCCCAAGUUAUGUUGUGCCGUCCGCGAAGGUCCAGUUUCCCAGUUUGGGUGCGAAAACCUAUCGUCGCAGCUUCCAUAGUUUACGAGUUCCUCUUCGCUGUUCCGCCAGUAAAGCAAUGAAGCAAACUAUUGCAGAUCGCGGUAGAUGAAGAACAUGA